AUGUCUCUGUGCUUGAGUGCACUGAGGCACAGGUCAAACAGAACCUCAGGUGAGAGUAACGAGAGUAACGAGAGACCUGCUCAGACUGUUAGUUCAUCCUUUCCAGCUCCGGAUGAACUGCGUCUGGUUCUGCUGGGAAGAACCGGUGCAGGGAAGAGUGCAACAGGAAACAGCAUCCUGGGAGAAGAUCGAUUUGAUGCUGAAGUGAGCAUGAGUUCAGUCACUAAAGAGUGCAGGAGAGAACGUGGAACAGUGGAAGGACGAAAGCUGGUUCUUGUGGACACACCUGAUUUCACUGACUCAGAUCAAACACUUGAGGAAAUACAGAGUUGCCUGGCCUUGAGUUCUCCUGGUCCUCACGCAUUUCUGCUCGUCGUACCGAUAGAUCGAUAUACAGAGGAGCAGCAGCGCACCGUAGACAUGAUUCUGGAGAUGUUCAGUGAAGAUAUCGAUCGUCACAGCGUCCUGAUAUUCUCACACACCGCCGACAAACUCAGAGGAGAAUCCAUCGAAAGGUUCGUUUUGAAACAAAAUCGAAAAGUUCGGGACCUCGUGAAGAGAUUUGGGAGGCGCUUCGUGGCCUUCGACAACACAAACCCUACAAACCCAGAACAAGUGAGUCGACUCCUGCAGAAAGUGGACGAGCUGCUGGCUGUGAAUGAGAACCGUCACUUCACUAAUGAAGUUACAGAAGCAAUGCAGGAAGCCCAGAAGAUAAUAGAAGAGAGAAUGCAAGCAGAAUCUGCUGAAAGAACGAGGAAAAUCAAGGAGGAGGUCAAGAAAAUGGCUGAUGCUCGUUGGCGUGCGUUCAUUUCUGACGUCAAUGAAGAGAGGCAAGAAACUGAACGAAGAAAGAAACGCAUUCAAGUCAGGAUUGAUCGGAUUGAGACGGAUAUCGAGAAGGAAAAGCAGAACGUGCGACCGAUCCCAGCGAGACUGAGACGAUUCAGACCAUCUCUGAACAGAGAGCAGCAGAACAUGAGACGACUAGAAGAAAGAAGAACGGAGGAGGAUAGGGCGAGAAUUAAAAGAAAAGAGAAUGAAAAGAAGGACUUAAAGAUCUGGAUCCAAGAAGAGGAGCAGAGGAGACUGAGCGAAGGAGGACAGAACAAUCUACUUUUUUCCUUUUUCAGUAAAAACAAACGUUGCAUAUUUGGCCUUCUUGUCUUUUUGCUGGGGUUAAUGCUUGGAUUUGCAAUCUCGCACACAGAAUUUGUUCUUUGGUCAGAAGAAAACAGAAGAGAAGAGUCAAAUGCUCAGCCAAACUCUUGGAUUUCACAUAUUUUUAAAUUUUUAAUUUCAGAGGACAGUGCAGGCUAGAGAGAAUCCUCAAAUCUGUUAAGAAAGAUUAAAUUUACUGUUAAAACUAUUGUCCUCAAGAUAUCCAAAAUAACUUUUUUCACAAUGUACAUUUUAGUCAUUUUCUCUUUUGAUUGCAUAUACUUUUAAAUUAAAAUGUUAUAGUUUAGUGGGUUGUUUACUUGAUUUUUCUACACUUUUUUCCUUGUGUUGGUACAUUUAGUACAUAUUUUCAUAUGUAGGCUACAUAUGUUAAUCUAAAUGAAUGGAAUGCAUAUCAGUUGAAUGCGUAUGUAAUCUCUGGACUUUAUUGUGCAAUAAUGUAACAUAAGGUAUGUUGCAUAUUUAAUUACUAUUGAUUACAUUGUAUAGGACGAAAUGAUGAAAUAUGUUUUGAAAAAGCAACUGUUUGGUUUCCGGGUUCUUGUUUUUAAAUGACAGAGCAAAUCAAACCAUUUACACUGCAGUAACAAAGAAGUUACAAAAAAUACCUUGUUUCAUGUACAUAAACUAUGGUAACGCUGUUAUAUUCUAUAAAGUGCUUUGGAGUAAUAUGUAACUACCAGGAUAAUAAUUCUGAUGCUCAUAGCCUAUGUCAAAGUACAGAGCAUCAUGAUGUUAGACUUUUUAAAAAUUAAAAUCCUCAUAAAAAGGUUUUCUGACACGUG